GAACUAUAUUGUUAAGAAAACAGGGAAACUAAGACUGUUCCUGUUUUGUAAGAUGUUUUUUAUCGUCUUACUCGUCAGUUGGCGAUUUGCUUGAUAAGAAUAAUGGAAAUAAAAAAGUGAUGAAGGACAAUAAGCGUCAAAAAUUUAUGUUAAUUUAUUGUUGUAGAAAAGACAAACAUGCUUUUUAUAAUGUUAUGAUACAAUGUAAUGGAUUAAGGACAUGAAAGAUGCUCAUCGCCUGAAGUAUAAAAUAACGCUAAAUGUGAAAUAAUUUGUGAUAAAGAUGUUUUGCAAACUCCUUAUUGUUUGGCUUUUCUUUGCAUCCAGCGGAGCAUCAAUGCUCUGUCCGCCAGGUUGUAAAUGCAGUAUCUUUAAUAUGUGUUCUGAUUGUGAAGAGAAUUACUAUCGCCUAGACAACAGUUGCCAGAGAUGUUCAGAAAAUUGUCUGUCUUGCUAUUCUAACAAACGUUGCGAUGAAUGUGACAGAGGCUACUACUUGCAUACAUCUACUGGCAACCAGAUCCUUUGUCGCCAAUGCUCACCAGGAUGUCAAAUUUGUUCGUCUGAGGAAGAAUGUUUGCGAUGCGAUACGGGAUAUUCUAAACAAAAUAAUUCAUGUGUAAAAUGUAAGCCAGAAUGUAAGGAAUGCCUGUCGGAAAGCACUUGUGUUGGAUGCAAUGAUGGUUUUCAUUUUAAUGGCGACUCGUGCCAAAAAUGUCCAAGCGGAUUUUUUAAGUCUGUUUCAUCGUGUUUACCUUGUCCGAUGAAUUGUGAAUCCUGUUCAAUUUUUAAUGAAUGCACAAAAUGCAAAUCGGGGUACUAUGGAAUAACCUGCACACAGAUGUGUUCAUCCGGGUGUACAAAUAAUGAAUGUGACUCGUGGACAGGAAACUGUGAUUGCAAAAAUGAUUAUUUUGGACCCAAAUGCGACGCUUGCGUUCCGAAUAAGUUUGGGGCAUAUUGCAGAAAUGACUGCCGUAGGGGUUGUUUAAAUGGUAUAUGUAACGAUGACUCAGGGUCAUGUAACGAAUGUAAACCUUCUUUUAAAUGGCCUUGUAAAGAAUGUGAAGACGGAAGAUGGGGUGAUGAUUGUUUAAGCGUAUGUCCUAGUACUUGCAAAUCAUGUCUGUCCGAUACGAAAUGUCUCAGUUGUAAAGAUGGCUAUUAUGGCGUGAGUUGCAACGCAAGAUGUUCAUAUGGGUGCUCAUCCGAUGUUUGUGAAUAUGAAACAGGUGUCUGUUCGAAGAGUUGUAAAGCAAACUUCGAAGGUCCGUAUUGCGACCGGUGCAUAGCAGGAAGGUACGAUAAUUACUGCAGUAAACCAUGUCCGGCAAAUUGUCAAGAUCAUGUAUGUGAUGUGAAUGAUGGCACCUGUUUAAAAGGUUGCAUACCGGGAUUUCAUGGGCAACACUGCAACCUGCCGUGUCCGUCGAACUGUACUAUUUGUAGCGAGGUAACAAAAUGUCAGGCUUGUGUUGAUGGAUUUUGGGGUAAUAUCUGUACGAACAAGUGUUCAAACAGUUGCUUAAACAGAGAAUGUCAUUUAAAUGGAACUUGUAUUUCGUGUAUACCCGGAUUCUAUGGCAAUCAUUGUGACCUGCAUUGUCCGGAAAACUGUAUGGGCUCUGUCUGUACACUGGAUGGUUUUUGCUUCAACUGUAAGUCAGGAUAUUCUGGUAAACUUUGCUCAGAGCCAUGUUCGAGACGCUGUUCAUCAGAAAAAUGCAAAUUUGAUGGAACUUGUUAUGAAUGUGUUCCCAAAUUCUAUGGAGACAGAUGUGACAAGAAUUGUCCUAAACAUUGCCUGUCAUGUACGAAUAGUACAUGGUGUACAACUUGUGACAAUGGUUACUUUGGACCUUCCUGUAGUGAUCGGUGUAGUUACUGUAAACUCAACACUACCUGUAACAAAGAAACAGGACAUUGUAAACAGUGUGACGACGGUUUCUAUGGGCCUGUUUGUAACUUGAAAUGUAAUGAGAAUUGUAGAACAUGUAAUAGUUCAAGUAAGAAUGCCGGUGGCAGUUGUUUAUCUUGCAAAACGGGAUGGUAUGGAGGGUAUAAUAGUGGUACUUAUUAUCACUGCAACCAAAGCUGUUCCACUAAUUGCUUAAAAUCAUCCUGUAACGUAUACAGUGGAACGUGUGAACACGGAUGUCAGGUCGGUUAUUGGGGAAGUUUUUGCUCGAAACUAUGUCCUGCAAAUUGCAAACACAGUGGAUGCCACAGUAAUAACGGAACAUGUAUACAUGGUUGCCUUCAUGGUUACUAUGGCAAUAAAUGUGACUGUCCAGAGAAUUGUUUUUGUAUAAAGCCUGGUAUCUGCUCUGAAUGUAAGGCUGACUUUGAAAAUGUUGACCGAAACUGUACAUGUACUGUAAAGGCUUGCCAAAACCCUACACAAUGCACGUCAUGCCUUGAUUCUACAUACUAUAUGUCUAACUCUUCUUGUUGCAAAUGCAAUAAAAAUUGUGACCAAAAUAAAUGUACGUCAGAGUUUCAAUGUAAAACAGGAUGUAAACCUGGGUAUUACGGAUCCGCGUGUCUGACCACGUGCAAUGCACGUGCUGCGUUCUGUACGGAAUGCACGAUAGAUAAAGACGGGGAGUACGAUGACUGUUUGUCGUGUGGUGACGGUUAUUUUCUCCAAUUUAACUACACUAUGCAUAAAUCACAGUGUGAACAAUGUAAAAAGUCGUGUAUCGAUGGAAAAUGUGAUGCAAAUGAAGGUUAUUGCCUUCUAGGCUGUUUAAAUGGAACUUGGGGAGAACAGUGUGAAAAACAAUGCUUCAGAAACUGUUUCCAUUGCGAUCGUCAAACAGGAAUUUGCACCAGUUGCGUUGGUGACGCAUUUUAUGGUCUAUUCUGUGAACAGAAAUGUAACGAAAACUGCGUUGAUAAAGUGUGUAAUAAAUCAACAGGGAACUGUGUUCACGGCUGCAAAGUCGGGUUUUAUGAUGGAAAUUGUCAAAUUCCAUGCAGUAAAGACUGCAUCAACGGGACAUGUGAUAGAGACACAGGAUACUGUGUUGUCAUAAAAGGUGAAAGUGGAAGGGAUGAUUUAUUCUUACAGCCUGUCGGCAUCUCGAUUAUGCUGAUAUGUGUAGUUGUGUCCAUGAUUUGUUCGAGUAUAGCCAUUAUCUGUGUCGUCAAAAAGCGUCGAAAUGGGAGACGCCAAAAUAUAGACUUACACUCGAGCGUUAACUUUGAUGGCAUGGGUGAUUUGGACCACGUGUAUAUGAAGCCAUCCGGAUCUUCAACUCACGAUGCUCCACUAGUUAAUUUAUAUAGUACAAGCUGUAGGGCAAGCGAAAUUGAUACAGAUACGUACAUACAUCCUAUCCUUACUGACAACAUACCGUCACCUGACUACGAGGAGAUCAUGUGAUAUGUUAUCACGCGAUAUGCAGUUAUAAAACAUGUCACGUGACAGAUUUGCUUGAAUUACAGACAAUGCUUAGACACCUCGCCUUGACAUACUAACUUCAGUUACAGUCCAUCCUUUUUACAUUGGGAAAAUAUAACAUGGCAGCAGAUAAAAAUUGGGAAAUUUAACAAAAAUAUAUAUUAAUAAUAAUCAUAUGUGAAUUUUCAUAAAAAAAGCCAGUUAGGCCUAAAAUUGAGCUGGUCGUAUC